AUGGCUCCGGCAGACCCGAACAACGCCGGCACCAGUGGAGGUGAAGGAGGAGCUAGCAAAGAGGAGGCGAAGGUGAAAGUACCAGCAAAGGAUCCGAAGAAGAAAGAUGAGAAAAAAGAUGAGGAUCUUUCAGAGGAGGACUUGGCGUUGAAGCAGCAGUUGGAGUUGUAUGUAGAGAGAGUUCAGGAUCCUGAACCUGGCAUUCAAAAGCUUGCUCUUGAGAAUAUGAGGCAGGAAAUUCGAACAUCAACAAGCUCCAUGACUUCAGUUCCAAAGCCAUUGAAGUUUCUUCGAUCACAUUAUGGAACUUUAAAAUCGUAUUAUGAAAAAAUGGGUGAUUCAGAUCUUAAGAAAUACUUGGCAGAUAUACUUUCAGUUUUGGCACUGACCAUGGCUGCUGAGGGUGAACGGGAGAGCUUGAAAUACAGAUUGUUGGGUUCAGAAGGUGAUAUUGGUUCAUGGGGCCACGAGUAUGUCAGGAACUUAGCUGGUGAAAUUGCACAAGAGUAUGCAAAACGACAGAGUGAGGAGGUCUCAAUUGAUGAGCUGAGGGAGCUAGUACAACAAAUUGUUUCCUUUCACAUGAAGCACAAUGCUGAGCCUGAAGCUGUUGACCUUUUGAUGGAGGUUGAAGACCUUGAUCUUUUAAUUGAGCGUGUGGACAGUACAAAUUUCAAGAGAACCUGUCUAUACCUCACGAGCGCUGCAAAAUACCUUCCCGGACCAGAUGAUUUGUUAGUUCUGGAUAUUGCACACUCAAUAUACCUCAAAUUUGGAGAAUAUGCAAGCGCACUUCAGAUUGCACUAUACAUCGAUAAAUUGCAGUAUGUGAAGAAGGUUUAUACAUCUUGUAAUGAUGUGCUGCAAAAGAAGCAAUUUUCUUACAUACUUGCUCGACAUGGUACCACUUUUGUGCUUGAUGAAGAUAUUGCUGCAGAUGAUGGGGAAAGAGAAGUGUUACAGGAUAUCAUCAACAACACCAAGUUAAGUGAGGGUUAUCUUACACUUGCUCGUGAUAUUGAGGUCAUGGAACCCAAAUCUCCUGAAGAUAUCUACAAGGCACACUUGCUUGAUGGCCGGGCUAGUGCUAGUGCUAGUGUUGAUUCUGCCAGACAAAAUUUGGCUGCUACAUUUGUUAAUGCAUUUGUUAAUGCAGGUUUUGGUCAGGAUAAAUUAAUGACACGUCCAGCAGACUCUCCCACUGGUAGUUCGGGAAAUUGGCUUUUCAAGAAUAAAGAUAAUGGGAAAACAAGUGCAGCAGCAAGUCUGGGCAUGAUUUUACUUUGGGAUGUCGAUUCUGGACUUGCUCAGCUUGACAAGUAUUUUCAUAACAAUGACAACUAUAUAAUUGCCGGUGCACUAUUAGGUGUCGGAAUUGUGAAUUCUAGUAUCAAAAAUGAUUGUGAUCCUGCACUGGCUCUUCUUGCUGAUUUCUUAGAUAAAGAAGAUACAUCUACAAGAAUUGGUGCUAUAAUGGGGUUGGGAAUUGCAUAUGCUGCAUUCACUGCAAUCUCAUUGGGCUUAGUUUAUGUGGGUUCCUGCAAUGAAGAUGUUGCACGGGCAAUUAUAUUUGCCUUAAUGGACAGAAGUGAGUCAGACUUGCAAGAUCCGCUUGCUCGUUUUUUGCCACUUGGCCUUGGUCUUCUAUAUCUUGGGAAGCAGGAACGUGUGGAGGCCACAGCAGAAGUGUCAAAAACUUUUAAUGAAAAAAUACGAAAAUAUUGUGAUAUGAUACUUCUUUCGUGUGCCUAUGCUGGGACUGGAAAUGUUCUGAAGGUACAAAACCUUCUGGGUCAUUGUGCACAACACCUUGAGAAGGGUGAAACCCACCAGGGACCAGCCGUGCUAGGAAUUGCCAUGGUAGCGAUGGCCGAGGAAUUGGGCCUUGAAAUGGCAAUUCGCUCGUUGGGACACCUUUUACAGUAUGGUGAGCAGAAUAUUCGUAGGGCAGUUCCUUUGGCCCUUGGACUCCUUUGCAUUUCAAACCCUAAGGUUAAUGUUAUGGACACAUUGAGCAGACUUAGCCAUGACUCUGAUUCAGAAGUGGCAAUGACUGCAGUUGUUGCCUUAGGUUUGAUAGGUGCUGGAACAAACAAUGCUCGAAUAGCCAGCAUGCUUCGCAAUCUUUCAAGCUAUUACUACAAAGAUGCCAGCCUUCUGUUCUGUGUGCGAAUUGCUCAAGGUCUUGUACAUCUGGGAAAGGGCCUACUGACUCUUAAUCCAUAUCAUUCUGAUCGCUUCUUACUAUCACCGACUGCACUUGCUGGCCUAGUAAUCAUGCUUCAUGCAUGUCUUGAAAUAAAAGGCAACAUUUUGGGGAAAUAUCACUAUGUUCUCUAUUUCCUUGUUUUGGCCAUGCAGCCAAGAAUGUUGAUGACAGUGGAUGAGAAUCUCAAACCUCUACCUGUACCUGUUCGGGUGGGGCAAGCUGUUGAUGUUGUUGGCCAAGCCGGACGACCCAAAACUAUUACAGGUUUCCAGACCCACACAACCCCUGUUCUUCUGGCAGCUGGCGAAAGAGCUGAACUGGCUAGUGAGAAGCUUUGUCAUUUUAAAAGAGAAUCCAGAAUACAGGGAAGAUGUUACAGGCCAUUAGGGUUCAAUGAGCUUCUCCCUGAGCAUUGGAUUGCAAAUUGGGAAAGUGGAGAUUGUAAUUCAAAUCAGACGACCGUUGAAAUAGUGAAUUGGAGGACGGAGGAUGAAGACGCACAAGAAAUUGCUAAACUAGAGGAAACGUUGGACUCUCUGGCUGAAGAGACUCGGUCCAAGUUUGAGGCCUUAACCCCUGAUACUGGGAAAUGGUUAACCAUAACUCAGAAACAAGAUGGUGGGUUUUCUGAGAUCAAAAGUUUCUUGUGA